GUCCCGUUAUGAGCAUACUAAAACAACAUGGAUGUCUUCUGAAAGCGUUGUGUGAUUUUAGUUUUAUUCUUUAUACAACAAAAAUAAUUUGUUUUUAAAUACAAGUCUAGUUGCUCUAAAAUAGUUUUUACGUAUUUAUUUGAAUGAUUGAAGUUCACCGAGUAUCCAGUCAACUCAUACUCCACGGUGAUUAACAAAUUCCUUUGCCUCUUGCUAGGCUUGGGCUGUGAUUUUGUUUCUGCAAGACCGAGUCCUAUUUUUAAAGUGAAUGAUAUACCUGUCUCCUCCAACCUUAAUGCGGCGAGGUAUGAGGACACAUAAUGUCAGGAAGGGACAAAGCAGGCCUUCACAAUAGAUCGGCAAACCAGAGAAAAGAUGAUAAGAGCUUGGAGGAAAAGAAAGAAAAAGACAACAGCAGUACACGUUCAAGAAAAUCUUGCUCGUCGUCGACUACGUCAUCAGUCGUACGACAGACGCGCGCCAGUCUGGAGAGAAUCGCCUCACUAUCACAGAGCAAUGUGCAGCGGAAAGCCAGAAGUCUGUCGCCCAAAGGAAGAGACGCCAUGAAGAGGAUCACGCGUCAGUCGUCUCCGCUCCCUUCGGAGCUCCCUUCCCGCCGCAACUCUGUGUUCGAGGAGAAGAAGUCGUCACCUAUCGAUCGUUUAAUAUCGAAAAACAGGUCGGCCAUCAACAAAUCACAACAGAAACAACAAACCGAAACCAAAAGUGUUGUGGACAAAGUUCGUGCGAAAAAUGAGAGGUCAAGGAGUAGCUCCACCUCCAGUAACCAGGCCACAACACAAGCCAAAAAACAACAACCGAAAUUGUCCAAGGAACUCGAUGCAUUGAGAAAGGAUCUGCAAACCAUCCAGCGAAAACAGUCGAGGAAGAUACUAGCGUCGGCGAUAGCACGCAAAAAAGGAGGAGCCGGAAGCGCGAGGAUAAAUCUUAUCGAAAUCGCCGCCAAAAAGCGUCUGCUAAGGAGUAGCAAGCUGUUGAGGAGCUCUAAGGUUCAACAGGGUUCCAAAAAUAGUGACGGAUCAGCGACUGAUAAAGCUGCGACGAAAAAGGUUGUGCGAAAAGACGCUGUCAAUAGGUCGAGGAAGGUUACUAGUAAACCACCUCCACCUCAAGAUGGUGGGGACAGUGUUAGUCCUAGUACAUCCCGAUCGUCGAUGGUGCGGAGCUGCAAGAAGACCGAUCCGAAACCUGUCGAGAGCAAAGCGAAGGACGUUUACGAGCUAGACACAGAGGAUAAGGAUGCAAGGAGCGGUUCGGAAUCUGUGUCUUCCCGGAGUAGUGGCAGUAAUCUGUUGAGAAGGAAGCAACCAACUGUUAUGAAGAUGGACGCCAAAUCGUUGGCCAUGAAGAAGAAGAAGAAGAACACUGCGUCGAAGAACUCGAUAGUGCAGAGGAAGUUGAAGCUGGCGAAGUCUCGAGGACUGAAGCUGAAUCAGCUGAUGGCGAGGAAGUUGAUUGAGGGAAGGAGGAGGGCAACUCAAGAUGAGAAAGAUCAGAAGAAAUCUCGUACCUCGAGUGUUGACUCUCGGAUCCGCGAAUCCCGGUCCCGGAGCGAGGGAGAAGGCUGUGUGUCACCGGUCACCAAACGCAGCCAAUCGUCUCUGUCGAUGGUUGAUGAAUCCUGCCUCAAAAUCAAGGAGGAACUCGACUGUGAGUCUCCAGAAGAGUCCAAAACUGACACCAACAGUAACUUGUUCCCGGUUGACAGCGAGACACCUUUGAUCGACCCCAAAACACACCCGAAGUUCACUGUCAACUCCCCCACAGAACUCGCCAACAAAACUGAAUGUUUGUUGGAGAUGACUAAGAAAUUCGGGGAUGAAGUUUCGGUAAAAAAAGAGGAGAAUCUGGAGCCAUCGAAGGAUCUUGAUAAUCUGGACUUAUUCGUUGAUAUCAAACCAAAAAGGUUGAGCACUGACUCAAAAUUCGACGCAGCUGAGGAAGCCCCAGCCAGCGAUAAUUCCCAAUUUAAGGGUAAGUUUCGAAGAAUGGGUGUGAUGGUAGAUAAUAAGAACCGGUUACAGCGUACAAUAUGGGUGAGGAGAUCGCUAAGAACGGUUCAAAAAAGCUCCACAGACUCGGGAGAGAUUUUGAAACUUCUGAAGAUGGCUGAAAACGAUGAAAUGGACUGUGAUUCGGGCGACCAGGGUAGUGUGGAUUCGGAAGAGAAACAAAUGUACGAAGAUGAUACAUCGUCUGAUUUGUGUUUGAAGAUGGAGGAAUCACCUUGUAAAAGUUCGGAACCAUCUACAACACUCCCCGACUCAAAUACGAGGCUCUCUUUUGAUGGAGAUAAGUUGAAUGGUAGUGACGAUUCAAAGUCUUUGAAAACAGAGGAAGAAGGAAGAAAUUGUGAUGGUUUAUCAACAGAGGAAACUAAAGAUGAAGUACUUGUCUCACCACCACCAAAAACAAUUAAAAGUAUGUGUGUGGUUGAAGGCAACAGGAAAUCAGUGUCUCUAGUUGAUGAAGAAUUCAACGAGUUUGUUGAGGAUAAUCUGGAUGGAAUAUCUGAAGCAUCUACAACACCUCUAAAGAAUAAAAAUUUGGAAUUAAUAUCGAAAGAAAUUGAUUCCAUUGAAGGCCUGAAUACUGGAUUGAAAACGAGUAGUGAUAUUGAAGCUGAGGAGUGUGCAGCUAGUGGAAAAGAUGUUGAGUGUGAUGCUCUGACAACUUCACAGGUACAAGAUGCUGAAAUUGAAAAUAAUAAUUGCAAUACAUCGAAGAUCCUUGAUGCUGUAAACAGGGUAGAAGUGUCCUGUAAUGUUGUUGAAACAAGUUCCGUUCCUGAGAAAAUCAGACGUUCUAAUGAAAGAGUGUCAGUUGAAGGAAGUUUGUUUUCGACCUCCACCGAGUCUCAAACCAAGGUUGAGGAAGAAAUCGUCGCCGAAAAAUCGUGUUCUGUAAAUGAAUCUAAUUUGUUAACUAAUGAUAAAUCACUCCUAACUGAUUCAAAUAGUUCUGAAGGAGAAAAGAAUAGUUCUGAAGGAGAAAAGAAUAGUUCUGGUUUGCUGUUGUCAAACCGCAAGGAAAGUACUGAUUUCCAAACCGAUCUGUCAGAGAAAAACUCAAGCUCGUUCACCAAAGAUAGUAGUAUUUCCAGUAGUAGUAGUAAUAACAGUAAUUGUAGCGAGGAUGUGGUUCAUUUCGAAAACAACGAGGAGAGCAGAAAAGAGAGAGGUGGGAGUAGAAGAGAGAGCUUGGAGAAGUCGUCCAGUAAUCAAAUUUUGAGUCCAAUCGAUCCCAAGAUGUCAACUUCUGACGAUGACAACAGCGAAAUCAACAAGAUUUUGGGUAGAAUUUUGGAUGACAAAUUGGAGGAGAAGUUACAAGAUGAGGGUGUGGAUAAAAGUGCAGGAAUUGAAGAGAUGCCAAGGAAAAACCAGGAUGAUCAUUUCAGCGAUAACUCUUCCUCGAAUAGCUCUUACAUUUCGGCAGUCACUGAUCCACCCUUGUCUCUGGAUUCUGUCGACUCUGAAUGGCAUCAGGAAAACCAGGCCGGACUAGAGGAAGUACGAGAGUCUUCUGAGCUGAGUCAGUCUCUGCUAAAUGAAGGACGUGAGUCUGCUAAGCUGAGUCAGUCUGUGCUAAAUGAAGGAUGUGAGUCUUCUACGGUGACUCUGCUAAAUGAAGGACUUGAGUCUUCUGCGGUGACUCUGCUAAAUGAAGGACGUGAGUCUUCUACGGUGACUCUGCUAAAUGAAGUACAGGAGUCUUGUAAGGUGAGUCAGUCUGUGCUAAAUGAAGUACAGGAGUCUUCCGAACUUCAAGAGUCGUCACCUAUGAACCAACCUGAGCUAAAUGAAGUACAAGAGUCUUCUCAGACAGUGUUAGACGAAGUACAAAGGAGUUCUCGAGCAGUACUAAAUGAAGUACUAGACAAAGUGUGUCAGGAUGAUACUCAAACCACACCGAUGCCUGUUGAAGAAACUACAGACAAUGAGACACAAGACAAUACCGAAGGAGAACUUGAUAACAAGACUGAAGUUGAAAUUCGCGAGGCCGAUUUUCAUGAUUUGCAACCCAACUCGCAAACUGGUAAUAAACCGGACGAAGCUUCGCUAGAGUCCGCGGAAGAUCGUGCAAUCAAAGAGUCCGUUCUGGGAGCGCUCGGAUUGAAAUCGUUGCACGCUCUAGCCAGUGAUAGUUGCAAGGAAGCCGAGAAGAAAGUGAGUACGGGGACUCUGAAGGCGGUGAUCAAGUUGAACCGGAAUGGAGACAAGAAGUCGGGAGCGAGGAAGAUGUUCUUCAAACAAGGAGAGAUGGCUGAGAACGGCAUGGCGGGCCCGAGAGAGAGCGGAGGGAGCGGGCUCGAGUACAGGAUAUGUUCUGAGAACGAUCAGUGUGAGACGAACUCUUCUGCCGGUGACAUAGCUCGCAAGUCUCAUAGAUCUUCUUCUCUUGAUGAUGGACCCAGUGAAAGCAGUUUGAGCAUUUUGCCUCCCUUGCAAACCGACAGCAUGGCUCCUGAUGCGACCUCUGAUGAUAAAAGCGGGAAACAAUCGAGCCUGGUGAUCCCUGAGAAGGCGUCCUCCUUCUCGAUCCACCCGGGCCGACUGUGCUCGGACAACUGUCGCUACUGCUUCGGCAAGUUCGGCUGUCUGGACACGCCCUGUCAUCUCGCGCAGCUCAAAAAUGCCGAACGUCAGCAGAAAAUAUUGGCCAACGAGCCGCACCUGAAAAUGGACUCGUGCCUGUGUGACGGCUGCUACCGCUUUGUGGACCGCAAGGCGAACAGCACAAAGCGCAUGCGCAAACAGCCGCAGAGUGGAGGGGGGUCACAGCCUCGCAGCAACCUCAGUGAUGCUCAGUGCUCAGUGAACGGGUGUCAGCAGCCGUCUCGCCACUCCAUCAGACGCAAGUGGCUUCUCAAGCUCAGAAAGAGUCUUGCCAACAAGUUGGAUAUUGAUUUGGAGAAAAAUCCUCAUCUGCCGUUUCCUUUGUGUGCUGAGCAUUACUACUGGGUGGAUUACCUGACAGCGUGCGGCGUGUGCAAGAAGCGACUGACUCGCAACCACAUGUUUGCCGUGGGUUCGGAAGCCAACCACAUGAAUCAGCUGUUGAACGAGGAUGGCAUCCCGGCCCGCCUCUCCGAACAGCUGUUCCUCUGCAAACUGUGUCGUUACUACUGCAGCAUCCGCCUCAAGCACCCUCCCUCGCAGAGCAGCAAUCUGCCCAGCAGCCACAAGCUCUUCCUCAGGGACUAUCGCCGCAAAAUCCUGGCCUACCUAGACAUCCUAGUGAGCGAGAGCGACGAUGAGUCGACGACUAGUACGCAUGCGCAAGCAUCUGCACCGAAGGCGACAUCAACGUCAUCUAGCGGCCAACACUCGAACCAACUUCCCACCGCGACCCCCAGCGACCAACAGCCCAAACCAAAGAAACGCCGCUCCAAGUCGGCCGGCGGCAGCAGUCAGUCAGUUUCCAAGAAACGAAAACUCGACGUAAAACUGGAAGGCAGUGACGCAAACUUUGAUGCGCCUCAGAUGAUCGAUUACAGUUUUCUGGAAAGCUACGACCGGAAAACGGGAGGUGGUGAGUUUGAAGAUCAGAGUUCGAUCGGGUUCAGUAACAUCGCGUCACUCCUCACCAACUCAUCUAUUGAUGAACGGCAAAGCAACCAGCCUCGGGCACGGGUCGACAUGUCCAAACCGACCCGUAUCCAAGUGAAAUUCGGCAACCUAAACAUCGGCAAAUUGAGUAACCUGAACAUCGGACAAGAUUCUCGCAGCAUCUCACGCGAGAAACAGUCUUCAGCAACUAGUCCCGCUGAUCCCCCUGACCGUCCCCCGUAUCUACCAGGGGAGAAAGAGCUCCCCCUCAAGGGUGAACUACGCAAUGAGACAUCCAAUGAUAGCAACGGUUGGGAACGGCGCACCCUGUAUCUCCAGUUCGACGAACAAACUAAGAAGCUGUGGAACGAUUUGCAGCGUCCCUACGGCAACUCAAGCAGUUUCAUCAGGCAUCUAGUGAUGUUGGAGAAGUACUGGCGGGAGGGUUCGUUGGUGUUAUCGGAAACAGCUGAUCAGAGAGCGGUGAAAUACAAUAACAGUGUGAAGAAUCGUGUGAAGGCGUUUGAUGGCAAGUCGACAACCAUUCGACCGGUGACAGUCUCCUCUGUGGCACCCCCCACCCCUGUGACGACGACAACAUCGGCAGAGAAAAUGGCAACACUGUCAACAGCCACCAAAACAUCCUCACUGUCGGAGACACUUUCAAACCUUCCCGCCGUUUCGAUCAUGUCCUCAGCUGUGGCACUGCCUCCUAGAUCGGCAUCCGCCUCGCCGGUGCCUUCUGUAUCACUGACUCUGCAGCCGGGUUCAAUACCUCAAGCGAAAAGUGAACGGCCACCUAAAUCGACGAAAGCUAGUGGGGGAGUGAGAGUGAUCGAAGUUGACUCGGGUGAGGCGGCGAAGGGAGGCAGACAACAACCAAUGUCCACCCCUCCCCCUCCACCCCUGCUCAAACUGGACGCAAACCUGUGGCAGAAGAUGCAAGGUCAAGGUCAACCCAAUCCUCAAGGUCAACUGAUGGCGGCCCGCCAGUCUGUGCAGCCUCUGAAGGUGAUUGUGUCGAGCAGUGGCGAGAGCCCCAAGAUGAUCUCAAACUUGAUAGCCGUUCGCUCCGCGGGGGGAAACCUCAAACUCAACAAAGUGCCCCAAAUUGUUCAGUUGGACAACAGUAGCUCCCAGCUGCAACUGAAGAUGUUGAAGCCUGUCAUCAAUCCCUACCAUCAGAUCACUACUAAACCUCAACAACAAACAAAACCGAGUGGCAUCCCAAACACACAACCUCCAAAACAGGGUGGCAUCCCCAACACCCAACCUCCACUGAAGAGGGAAAAGUUUUAUAAGACAGAGUACACCAACGUGAGGAAAUCAUCCCUGGUCGACGGCUUUGUGCCGAUGAUUUCCGACGUGCGCUCCUUGGCGGGCAUACAAGGAGUAUGGAACAACCCCCCUCCCCCCACCCCACCACCAGCCUACCGCAAACCUCCUCCAGCCUCGACCUUGACCUCGGCCUCGGCUAAACCUCCAACCACCUAUUACACACCGAUCCUGCCGAAACUGCCCGGCUCCAUGCUUCCUCCAAGCUCCGCGUCGUCUUCGAGGUCGCGAGUUAUCCACUCGAUCACCCUCACCAACUCGGCCAUGACCAUUGAGAAGGCCCCGCCCACCAGCGACACAAAUACCCCGCCCCUAUUGGUCGCCGAGAAACCUUCCAUUUCUGUUUUCAGAGAAGAGUUUCCGAACUGAGUAAUGUAUAGUUGUCUAUCAUUUUGUGUGUAUGAUUUGUAAAAAAGUGUCUGGAGGAUUAUUUAGUGAGAUUAAUUACAUAGAAUUACUAAGGCCCGGGUUCCGAGCUCGGGAUUUGGCUAAGUUCUAGACUUCAAACAGCUGGAGUCAGAAAAUUGGAUUUCCGAGUCAGAGCGUUAACGUAGUUGAGGACUUGAUAAACACUGGAGUUUAGGGAUCAAUUAAAUUUCGUUUCAAUUAAAUAAAAGAGACGUUUGAAUUAAAUUCGAAAAACUAGAAAAUUGAACACAUAAUAGAAUAAAGAGAAAAUAGUGAAAAGUUUCAGCUAUUUAAAAUUAUUUAGGAAUGUUUAAUUUCGUCAAGGAAAAACUUUUCCAAUUAUAGAAAUGAGAAAAUAAAAACUGCGACUACUGUUAUAAAAGCUGCGACUACGCCCCGUUUUGGAAAGCCAAUUUUCUGACUCCAGCUGUUUAAAGUCUAGAACUUAGCUAAAUCCCGAGCUCGGAAACCGGCCCUAAUAGUCUAUUACCCUUGUCUAAAAGAAAACAAAAGUAAUGGUUCUAGUAAUUCUAUGUUAAUCAACUUCCAAGCAGCCCUUUUAGAAGUAUAAAAAGUGUCGGGAGUAUUAUUGAGUCUCUGAGAUGGAUUACUAGUAUCCUUAUUGAAAAGAAAACAAUUUUGUGUUAAUAGACUUUCAAGCAACCCUAUUGAAAUUAAUGUAUAAUACAUUGAGAAACACUUAUUGACAUGGGCUACUUUUAAAUUAAUAAAACAAAAUAAAUCUUAUAGCACCCUUUAUUUUUAAAAAAAACUUUAAAAUAGUUGAACAACUAGU